AUGUCAUCACAAAAAACCGAUAUUUCCCCUCCUCCUGCUAAAGAAGCUCUCGUAGUGAUUUUUGAUGUGGGUAAAUCAUUGGGAACCCGACCUAGGGAAGAUUUUGAGAGAGCAAAACGUGCUGUUUCCUUGUUAAUCAAAAUGAAGAUGAGAUAUAAUCCAAAAGAUGAAGUCGGGUUGAUUCUAGUCGGAACCAAGCACACUAAAAAUCACUUGAACGAAGAGCACGAAGAUGAAUACAAGCACAUUACUGUGGAACAACCAAUUGAUACGGUCUCAUUGGAUCUUUUCAAAAUUGUGGAUAGUUUAAACAUUGAUACAAUUGGAAUGUCUGCACAGGGAGAUCUUUUGGAUGCAAUUAUUGUUGCAACCGAUAUGAUUAAAGUGAGAUGUGGAAAGAAAAAAUACAUGAAAAGAAUUUUUGUUGUGACUGACGCUGGUGGAUUGGAAAUUUCAGUGGAUGAUGACACAAAAGAUGGAAUUUUUGCAGGUCUAAAAACCAAUAAUGUUCUUGUCAGCGUGAUUGGUAUUGAUUUCACCAAAACUAGUGUCAGUGUUAAAGACGAAGAUAGCAAGGUUGGUUCCACAAGCAAUGCAAUCAAAAAUACUCCCAAAUACAGAAACGAGUCAUUCCUUUGUGAUUUAUGUCAAACGGCAGGUGGAAUGGUUCUUCCAAUCGAACAAGCCAUUGAUACAUUGCUCCUUUUCAAAAGUAAGAAAGUUCUCUCUAGAACAGCAUUCAGAGGUGUUUUGGACAUUGGUGAUACCAUCAAAAUUCCAAUCUGGGUUUACAAAAAAACUGAAAAGACGUCUCUUCCAACAGCAAAAAGGUUGUCACUUGUUUCUAGAAGAAAUAAUACUGGUGGUGACGGAGAAGUCAAUAUUGAAAAAUGUUACUAUCAAUAUGAUGAUCCAGACAACCAAGUUGAUAAGGAAAAAACAGUUAGAGCUUACAAAUACGGCAAAAACUUUGUUCCAUUUAACGUGGUGAACGAAAAGGCUUUAAAAUACAAGUCUGUGAAAGGUAUUUCAGUUCUGGGAUUCACAGACGAAAAGAAUGUACCAAGACAUCACUUUAUGGCAGAAGUUUACUCAUUCAUUGCAAAGCCUGAUGAUCCUUUUGCCCAAACCGCUCUCUCUGCUUUUAUUAGGGCACUCUCUGAACUGCAGCAAGUCAUGAUCAUCACAUAUGUAUUCCGUGACGAUUCAGAACCAAAAUUAGGUCUUCUCUAUCCCUACAUUAGUGCCAAUUAUGAAUGCUUUUAUUUCACUUCUCUUCCUUAUGCUGAAGAUUUAAGAUCAUAUCCAUUCAAAUCAUUUAGCACUGUCAAGCAUACAGAAGAACAACUUCAAGCUGCAGAAGAUUUGAUCAAUUCUAUGGAUUUAAUGGAGGCUGACGAAGAGGGAGAAGACGGAAAGAAGGAAGCCCUAAGACCAACAAAAACCUUUAACCCACUUGUACAACAUUUUUAUGAUUGUCUUCACACGAGAGCACUCAAACCAAAUGACCCAUUACCGCCAGUAGAUCCACUAAUUACUAAAUAUUGCUAUCCAGAAAUGAAUGAAGACUCAUUCUACAGAAAAUUAAUUAGAAAGACAAGAGACAAGAGAGUUAAAUUCAAGUCACUCUUCCCUGCCAAAGAAGUUGAGCAAGACACCAAGCUAGGAAAAAGAAAAUACUGGUUUGCCAUGCAAAAUAACAAUGAGAUUACCCUAGAGUCAUAUAACCUUGAGCCUACGGUUGAAAAUGCUAAUGAAUUGGUUGCCGAAGACCACAUUGGUCAAACCGUGAAACGUCUUAAAGACGGAAUGGGAGAUGAGCAGUUCGAUGAAAUUCAACAACGUGUUGGUCUUAACAAUUUAUUCGCUGAGCAAGCUAAUAGUGUUAAAACUACCAAUCCAACGAAAGACUUUAACGACAUGCUCAACAGAAAAGAUGUUGAUUUGGUUGACAAGGCAAUUAAGGAAAUGCAAAAUGUUGUCUUUAAAUUAAUCAAUGACUCUAUUGAAGACCAAUAUUACGAGAAAGUAUUGAGCUGUAUUCGAGUUCUUCGUGAAGGUUGUAUCAGAGAAUCUGAACCAGAAUUAUUUAACCAUUUUAUGAAAAAACUCAAACAACAAUAUUCUAAAGGAAAGAGAGAAGAUUUCUGGAAGAAUUAUAUUGUCGGUAACAAGAUUUCACUCAUCACCCAAGACGAGAGCGACGAAAGUGAAGUGACCGAGGAAGAAGCCAAGAAUUUCCUUACUCAAGCCGUUGUUGCUGCACCUGUACAAGAAGAAGUUGAAGACGAGAAAAUGGGAGACAAUGAUCUCUUUGAUGAAUUGGAAUAA